CCAAAUUCACAAAGUUUGCCAUUCCUCAAAUGUUCAUUUGUGUUUAUGCAACUGAUUGGCAAAAACAUAUGGAGCGUUAGCGGGGGUAAAGAAAAAAGCUGCCUAAAAAAAUACACUUUACAUUUCACCGCAAAUGCUUGUGAUCCAAUAUAGCGGUAAUAAUGUGACGAUCUGGACCAAAACAGCGCGCGCAGAUUCACACGUUCAAGCACAUGCACACGUAUGUACACAUGUACCAGUGUACACACGGACGGGACUGCAGGCGUUGGAUACGUAUAAAGACACAACAUCGCUUGCAGCCUUUUCGUGGUUAACUAAAAAAAGACGUAGCCUGUGAGCCGUGUCCCUUUUUAAGAAUUUUGCCCUCCUCCAUUUCAUUCGCGCCUCCACCUGAAACUUCCCCUGAUUCAAUCUACCUGCCCACUUGUGGUUUUUCCAAAAUGGGGUUGAUCAAAAGUAUUUUUUACCCGAACAUCAUACCAAGGAUCAAAAACCAAAUCAAGGGUUACAACAUCAAUCAGAGUGUGAAGAAGGCACUGGUGUCCGAUACAGGCAUCCUGACCAUCCACUUUUGGGCCCCUACAUUUAAAUGGUCCAUCUCCCUGGCGAACAUCGUUGACAUAAAUAGGGACCCAAAGCUGCUUUCCCUGCCCCAGCAGUUUGCCAUAUGUCUGACCGGGUUGCUGUUCACAAGAUUCGCCUACGUCAUUAAGCCGCGAAAUUAUAAUUUGCUAACCAUAAACUUCUUCAUGAGCUUAACGGCGCUGUAUCAGAUUGCACGUAUCGCGCAUUAUAAGUAUAAUACGGAGUAUAAAAAUGGUGUCAUUGGGGAGAAAAAGGAGGGCGCGCAAUGAAACG